GGUUUACGAGCAGGGUAAGGUAGAGGUAGAUAAGUUUACAUCAAUUAUUACGCAGACGAAGUCGCGGGCGUCCGCUAGUAUUAUACAUAAACAUAGCAGUUUCAAUAAAAUAAUUAGAAUCUUAGCUUAUGUAAAAAGAUUCAUACAUAAUUGUAGAACUAAAAAUCAACACAAUCAUCUUACACUCAAUGAAAUCAAUUCAUCUCGCAAAAUCGUAUUACAUCAUGCUCAAAGGGAAAUGUUCCUUGAAGAGUACAAUUUAUUAAAAAACAAUAAACAAUUGCCGAAACGUAGUAAACUAAAUUCAUUGUCACCUUUCUUAGAUUCUGACGAUCUCAUUAGAGUAGGUGGGCGCUUAAGGAACUCAUAUUAUUCAUAUGACGUCAAACAUCCAAUUGUGCUUUGCGCUAAACAUCACAUCACAAAAACUUUAUUUCUAUUACAUCACAAAGUUCUUAUGCAUGCAGGACCUCAGCUUCUUUUAAGUAAUAUUAGACAAAAUUACUGGACUAUUGACGGUAGGAAUCUAGCAAGAAAAACUGUACACGCUUGUGUUCGUUGCUUUCGCUUCAAGGCCACUUCAGUCCAACCAAUCAUGGGUGACUUACCCAAUGAGCGUACACAUUUAGUAUCGCCCUUUCUAACCACAGGUGUCGACUAUGCCGGGCCAGUGCUGAUACUAAACAGAAAGGGCAAAGGAAGCAGGCUCACAAAAUCAUAUAUCUGCGUAUUUAUUUGCUUCGCAGUAAAGGCAGUACACCUCGAGCUGGUAACCGAUCUUACAAAAGAGGCCUAUCUAGCUUGUCUGAAUCGAUUUACAUCGAGGCGUGGAAAGCCGGAAACCAUUUACUCUGACAACGUGUCCACGUUCAUAGGUGCCUCAAAUGAGCUCGCGCAGUUCCUCAAAAGCAGCGUAGACUACGUGCAAGCACAACUAGUUGAACAAGCAUUUUCCAAUCGACCCCCAACUUUCAAGAUUCCUGAAUUGUCCAGAUACGGAGUAAGAGAGGUCCAGAAGAUUCAGGAAGCUGCACACUAUAUUGGAAACUAUCUGAGAUUCGGUCCCAGAUGCUGCUGGGAAAUUGCUUCCUUCAUCACGUGCAAGUUGCUGCAGUGUUCUAACAGCUAAAUAUGGAGCUGACGCAGUUCCAAAGGUGACCGAGAUUCCCGCUGUCCCCCGCGGCGGCAAGCUACGGGAGUUCGCGCAUCGGUGGCACGCGAGGCGGAGCGCUCUGGACCGUGGACCACAAUAGUCGAAGGUGAUGCAGAAUCAGGCGUGGACCGCGGCGGGCCCAGGGAUCUCAACGUCGUGUGUCGUCCAGCCCCAGAAGGGGGAGAGUGAAGAAAAGGGACAAGGAACGAAAAGAGAAAUAACUUGUAGGGAGUCAAGAAGGCGUCCCGGGAACACGCACAGAGCAAGUACCGGGUUCGCCCUCCCUCGAUUCGGCCCAAAUAACCGAGAGGUUGAAAGGGCCAUGGGAGGUGGUGGGUUGUCCCCCGCGGCGGUCGGACGUGUUUGCGCGAGCUCCGCGAAUUUUUCGAUCUCUUAAAAUUCAUUUCCUCGGAAAUAUUAGUGCUUCGCAAACGUGAAAGUGCUCAGUGUGCUUGUGAUAACGCCGCCUUCCCCCUGGUUGGACGUUCAUCCCUCGGGAGCACAGGGAUCAUCACGAGACAGGACUCCAUCAGUUAAGUUAGGUUAAGUUAGCAUAGUUUUACUUGUAAUUAGUCGUGUAAAAACAUCCUGUUAGUAUUAUAUUUGACAAUUUGCGUAGUGUAUAUUAUUUAGGUUUAGGUUAGAGCAUACCUGUGCACUACUAUUAGGUUAGAUAGUUAGUUUAGGCUACCACGUGCGACGCACAUGUUCGCACGUUGUUUUUAGGUUAUAGUGGCAUUGACAGUGACGUUGUCAGUUGCGGUGACGUUGACUUUGACAUCGACGGUGACGUUUGACGUUAACAGUGACGUUGAAGUUGAGUUGACUUUGGCAGCUGGUGGACACUGAGUCGGACCAACUUCAGUUUGGUUCGGCAUU